AUGGUCGUGUCCUCGAAGAAGAGAAUGUCGCCCAGUGCCGAAGCUGACGAGGUGGCAAGUCCCGGGCAGUCAGUGAAGCCGCGUAAACGCGUUCCCGCCGAAAUAUGGGAAACCAAGCGUCCGAUUAUCACCCGGUUGUACCAGGAAGAAAAGAAAUCGUUGAAGGAGGUCAUGGAAAUCAUGCAACGUGACUAUCAGUUUGUCGCCACUGUCAAGAUGUACAAGUCGAGGAUAUGGAAGUGGGGUCUUGACAAAAAGCUCAAGGGUGACGAGGUUCUAGCCAUCAUUCUUCUCAAACGGGACCGAGACAUGUUGAAGAAGCCGACAGAGUUCAGGAUACGCGGGCAGCUUGUAGACCUGGAGAACAUCAACCGGUACCUGAAGCGUAACCCGUCGUUAAUGGCAAAACUCAAGGCAGGCCAUACGCCCAGCGUGCAGACCGCCCUCGAGGUGACUUGUCGAACCCCUUCGCCGCCCCCAAGCCCGUCAAGAGCCUUGGCACCAACAACGGAGAUGCAGAGCACCGAGCAGGUUUUGUGCUUGUUCCGAGACUAUAUUGAUGGAUCCUUCUCCUCGGGAGCUUGGUCGUGCGAGUUCAACGUCGACUGCUUGAACAGUCGACUCAAUCAGGGAGACCGGAGUAACGAUUUGUUCGAGAGGGUCAUCGCGAGCUUUGCUUUGGUUAACCGCUGCAUGAUCAGAGGUGACCAGAUCAACAUCAACAGCGUCCUCGGACCGGCUUUCGAAUCGCUCAAGGAGAUCGUCGCAGCCGAGAGUCCGGAUUUCGUUGCCCGGACGGUCUGCUUGCUCUGGUACCUGGACCGACACCACAAGCAUGACCUCUUGAGGCUAGUCCUUGACUAUCUCGCCGGGCUGAUUCCGAUCGUCUUGGGGCCCCAUCACAUCCUGACCCAUAUUUGGCGCAGACUGGGCGCGACCGAGUUUUCAGAUUACUAUGAGCUUUCCAUGCGGCUGUAUGCACUGUUGCUCCCCGACAUCGAGGAGCGCGUAGGGCCGGCCAACUACCUGACACAUCUACUGUACAGCGACUAUCUGGACUGCAUCUUUGCUCGACAAGACCCCGAGGACUGCGAGGCGAUGCUCAGCGGCCACCGCGCUCGUGCCGAGGCCUCAGGGCAAACACACCCAUGGCUGGAUGAUAUGGCCCUUUCACAUGCAGGCUUGCUUGCGGCUUGCAAAGAAAACCAAGGUCGACUAGACGAGGCAGUGGAGGUACUAACGGCGCACAUGAACGCGUACAGUAUGACAGAGGAGCAGGAAGCGGCCCUAAACCUCGAGCUUGGGGUCAAGUAUUACCGGAUGACCAACAUCUCGGCAGCAAUAGCCUCGUUUAAAUCGGCGGCUCGCAUCGCCCUGACUUCGGACGCAGACGAGCGAAUCUCGAUGACGGCAUUAGCAAACUUGGAAAAGCUUCUCCGCCAGACGGACAAGACGGCCAAAGCAGACCGGGUCCAUCAAUACCGGAUGGAGCGGCUCGCGGCGUUCGCAGAAAAAUCGGCUUCCCUAUCGAAGGGCUUUUCUGAUGGCGACGAUUAUGAGGACAGCGACGGCACUGACGAUAUCGAAAACCUACCGGACUGGUUAUGGAAGUGCGACGACAGCGAAGAAGAUAUCACUGAUUGGCUCGCGCUGCCACCUUUUGUCUGGGCCGAGAAAACAUCCAAUGCUUCAAUCGCCAGGGCACCCGGCAGCGUUGUAGAAUGGACGAACACAUCCCAAAAUGGGUCGCCCACCGUGCUCUCGGCAGGAUGUUCGCCCUCUUUGGAAGACCAGGUCAUCGACCCUCGGGUUGAGUACUUACACAGACACGAUGGCGGGGUUCUGUAA